AGUUUCCUGCCUGAAGGAAGAGAGAGAACAGAUAAAAGGGGUGCAGUGGGUUUGAGAACACCAUAGUGCUCUGUAGAGCCCCAAUCUCCACACCUCCUCCAGCAUAUCCCGAGCUGGUGCUCCCUGGUCCGGGAUCUUGUCCACAAUGAGCCUCCAGCUCCGCAGCUCCGCCCGCAUCCCCAGCGGUUCCAUCUCGCCAUUCAUGCGGAUGGCGCCGCUGGCAUUUCUGUUGCUGUUCACGCUGCCGCAGCAUCUAGCUGAAGCUGCCCCUUCCUCAGUCAUAGCCGCAACGGAGCUGCGUUGUGUUUGCUUAACCGUAACUCCAAAAAUUAAUCCCAAAUUGAUCGCUAAUUUGGAGGUGAUCCCUGCAGGUCCACAGUGCCCUACGGUGGAAGUCAUAGCUAAACUGAAAAACCAGAAGGAGGUCUGUCUGGAUCCAGAAGCUCCUGUGAUAAAGAAAAUCAUUCAGAAAAUAUUGGGCAGUGACAAAAAGAAAGCUAAGCGGAAUGCACUCGCAGUGGAAAGAACGGCCAGUGUUCAAUAGAAAGAUUUCUGAGGACUCUGACCCCAGUGAAGAUAAGAAGAAAGGGCUGAUUCUCUCCACCCACGGAUUUUCUUUAUGAACUCCCUGCUUUGAUGAGAAAAGGGAAACCAUUGUCCCUGAAGCUUCCUGCUCAUCUCACAAGUGUAUUUAGCAAAAAUAUUUCCUAUUCUUUCCUAUCUGUCACACUAUCGGAAAUUGUGAUACUUUAGUGUGUAAGUCAAGAAUCAUUGGUUGUUAACCUUUCAAAAUGUCUUGAACUGAAGGUGACUAUUGCAUUGUCUCCGGAAUAUGUAUAUGUAUAUGUAUAUGUAUAUGUAUAUGUAUAUGUAUAUGUAUAUGUAUAUGUAUAUGUAUAUGUAUAUGUAUAUGUAUAUGAUGUAUAUGUAUAUGUAUAUGUGUGUGUAUAUAUAUAUAUAUAUCCUUUGUAAUGUUCAUGAGAAGGCAAUGCUGUCAUACUCUCUCUCAUAAAAUGGGGACCUCUUUUACUGUUGUUUCUUGGGUGUGUUAAGAGUGUUCUUACGUCUGAGCCUGGGCUGGCAUAUAACUUUUAUGGUUUUAGAAAGCUGCUGUGUCAUGCAGAAACCUAUGUAGAACACAGUUCCUUAUUUAGAAUUUCUAAAUGUGUAAGUUCUAGAAGGAUCAAUGUGUUCUCAUCUUAUAAUUUUAGACAUUUGAUGUCUUCGUAGUAUGGCAUAAUGUCAUGACUUACUCAACAAACUGUAUACUAUUUAUUAAUUAUUAACUAGUUUAUUAGUAUUACUAUUUGGGCCACUAACUAUAUAUUUUAGAUAGUAUAUAUUUUAGAUAGGUGAAGAAGGUAAGAAGCAAGGAAAUUCCUUACCUAGUUUUCAUAAAAAACAUUUAAAAGUUAUUUCUAGGGAGAGAAACUUUAGCAAAUAUCUAUACUCUUAGAGUUUUGAAAACAUACUUAACAUGUUUGAAUAUGGAUUGCUGAGAUAUUUAGAUGUCUGUAGUGUGUCUUUUAAAGAGUGUGCUUUGUUAUAAGGAGAUUAAUGAAUUCAUCACAUCCAUUAUUUUAAGCCUGUACAUCUUAUAGUGUCUCACUUCUUUAUAUUACUCUUUUGAGGAAAAUAAAGUAGCUCUAGAUUCCA